CUAAGAACAAUUUGACGUUUAUUUCAUCAAACACAUUUAUUAAAUUGAAACAUAUGAAAAAAUUAGAUUUGUCUGAUAAUUUUCUGUCGGAAAUGUAUAUUGAUGAAUUGGUAGAAUCUAAUAAUUUAGAUGAAUUAAAUUAUUCGAAUAAUCAAUUGAAAGUAUUUGAUAAUAUUAUAUUUGAUAAACUAUCAACUAUUACGAAAUUGAAUUUGAGUCAUAAUUCUAUUGAAAUACUUAAAUCGUCAAUUAUAACCACACCCAUUAAUAAUUUAAUUGUUCUUGAUCUUUCUUACAAUAAUAUAACUUUUAUUAGUGAUGCAUUUUUAAAACCAUUUGUGCACUUACAAUAUUUAAACUUAUCGUUUAAUAAAGUUACUUCAAUUUAUGAAAAUACUUUUUUGCAACUUUUCAAUUUAAGAAUACUUAUGAUUAAUAACAAUUUCCUUUCGUUAAUAAAUUUUAAUAAAUUGCCAACAAAUUUAACUGAAUUAAACAUAGGAUAUAACAAAAUUACAAAAUUAAUUUCAGAACCAUCCGAAAUUGACGUAAAAACAAAUAUUAACUUUACUAAUACAUCUCAGUUAGAACUUUUAAAUAUAAGUGGUAAUAGUUUAUCAGAUUUUCCAAACAUAACAUUUCCAAGAUUAAAAGUAUUAGAUAUUUCAAACAAUAAUUAUUCUCACAUUCCGAUAUAUUUAUCAUCAGAAAAUUAUCCAUCAAUUAAAACAGUUAUUGUCAGUGGCAAUCCAAUUAAAAAUUUAACAUUGUACUCUAAAUUAAGAUUACAAUCAUUUGUCGCAAAUAAUAUUACAUUAGUUGAAAAAAUAAAUGAUGAUACAUUUUUCAAAUUGGAAGCACCUAUAAAUGAUUGCAUUAAUCUUACAAUAUCUAAUAAUGAAAAACUAAGCUUCAUUGAUGAAAAAGCUUUGAAUCAUAUGAAUGCAUGUUUUGUAGAUUUAAGUAACAAUAAAAUAAACUACAUAUCUCCAAAAUUGUUAUUAUCAUCUAAUGGUACUCUUAAAAUAAAUAAUGGUAUUAAUUUGCAAGGAAAUCCCUUUGCAUGUGAUUGUUCAUUACAGUGGAUGUUAAGUGAUCUAAUACCACAACUUUAUGUUAUAAAUCAAGGCAUUUUGAAUAAUUUAAGAUGUGCAACUCCUCUGAGCCUAUCGAAUAAGAGAAUGGUACAUUGGUACAAGUGGAAGAAAAAAAUAUUUUGUGACGACACAUCUGAAUUAUUUGAUCUUUCAGAAAAAUACUCUGUACAACUCGAAGGAGUGUCAGAAAAGAAAGUAAUAACAAUUGAAUCUAGUCCUGGAUUAUUAGCAAUCUUAGGCAGUGCUAUUUUAGUGUUAAUCAUACUUUUUGUAAUUGGAAUUUUAUUGACUCAAAAGUUAGAACAAAAAAGAUCUCGUAAAAAUAGAAGAUUUUAAAUAAACUGUUAGAUAUAACAAAUAUUCAUUUAUAAAGAAAAUAUUU